AGAGUUUACUAAAUUGCCCUGCGCAUGCGCUUUACCUUUGAGCGUUUGCUUGUUCUACACCCGGUUAUUUUUUGGGGUGGGUGAGGACCAUGGCUCGCACCUUUCUGCCCUCCUGUCUGUUACCGUGUGUGCUCGGUGUAUUGGUGUGUAUUACAGCAGUAGGGAGCAGUGGUAUAGAUUGGUACCGGUACAGAUUUACCCCCCUCACUUCCACAGAGCAGGAGCUGCAGGAGCUGUACAGUGGGCCGGGCACCAGGGGCACCGAAUUCUCCCCACACCCCAUCCUGCCCCCCUAUCUUCUCCUGCCCAUGUUCCGCCAGCAGCCCGCACCAUUCACAUCCAAACUCCUGUUCAGACCUUCUGUUGGGAGGAGGGUUUUACCAAGCACCCUGGAGAACAUUCUAAUCCCCCAGAAUCUGCAGGAGGACCAGACCCGGGCUCUUCCUGUCAGUAAUGACCGGGGGGUGGAGGUCUGGUGUGGGUACAGUAAGGUCUCGGUCCGAGUCAAUCUGGCUCUGCUGGGGUUCAGGAGUUCAGCUCAUCAGUUCAGGUUCGGAACCUGUGAGGUGUCUCGAUCUGACGGUUCAUUCAUCUACUUUCAUUAUGAUCUGAACGACUGUGGAGGCUUAUUUUCGGUAAUGAAUGAACAGCUGAUUUAUUCUAAUAAUUUAGUGUAUAAGCCAGAUCCUCACGGUUUUGUGAUCAGAUCUCUACCACUCAUUUUAAACAUCCAGUGUGUUUACAACCGAUUUCAUUAUUCAUAUAAAAUCGGAUAUAUUCCUGAUGUUGGUGAACACACAUUUCGGAAGAGGCUUGGCACCAAAGGGGUGUUCAGUCUGUCUGUGUAUAAUGAGAUGUGGGAGAAAUCAUCAGUGAAUGAAAGUUUUACUCUUGGGCAGCAGAUGAACUUUGAAGCUUCAGUAGAUUUUACCUGGAAGGACCAGAGUAUUUUUGUUGAAGCUUGUCACGCAACUGAGAGUAACGAUCCAAACUCCAGCCCUCGUUACGAUCUCAUCACCAACUUUGGGUGCCUGAUAGACAGUAAGAUGACCGGAAGUCAGUCCCGAUUCGUCCUACGACAGAAGAACAUCCUCCGAUUCUCAAUCGAUGCGUUUUUAUUCCCACAAUCAACUUCUGAGAUUUUUUAUUUGCACUGCUCUCUGUUUGUUGGAAACUCUGCUGUGAGCUCCACAACUAAAUCCUGCACAUACAGUAAAGAACAGAGCAGCACUCAGCGGGCGGUGGUGACCAGUGAUGCCUGUAGUUUAAACCUGCACAAAUUUCUUCAAGAGUCUGAAGUGGACACUGAACCAGAAGAUGAGAUGGUGGUGCAUCACCUCCAUGACAUUAAUAAUGAUGAUGAGGAGGAAGAGAUGGUAGAAGAUUAUGAACUGGAGGAAGUUCUGAUUGGUAAGGAGGACUUUGAAAACAAUACAAUGAUUGAGGACCAGCAGGCUGAAGAUGAUGAAGAUGAUGAAGGAAACAUGAAGCAACAAGAGGAGGAAAACAUGAUGGUGGGAAAUGCAGAACAAGAGCAGCAACUUGAGGUUCUUGUUGUUGAGAUGAAGAAUGAAGAGCCAUUAAUGAGACGGGAGGAGUGA